AUGAAUGGCUACGGAUCGCCCUACCUGUACAUGGGGGGCCCAGUGACCCAGGCCCGAGCGCCGCUCCAGAGGACCCCCAAGUGCGCGCGGUGCCGGAACCACGGUGUCCUGUCCUGGCUAAAGGGCCACAAGCGAUACUGCCGCUUCAAGGACUGCACCUGUGAGAAAUGCAUCCUGAUCAUCGAGAGGCAGCGGGUCAUGGCGGCGCAGGUGGCGCUCCGCAGACAGCAGGCCAACGAGAGUCUGGAGAGCCUGAUCCCGGAGUCUCUGAGAGCUCUGCCCGGAAUCACGGUGCCUGGACCUGGCGAGGGGAACCAGGGCCUGCAGCCCCGUUCGGGAGGAAUGGACCUCCUAUGGACCUCGAAACAGACUGGCCUUCCUCUGACACCGCCUGACCUGAGUGAGGAUACGUCUGGUGACCACUCCGGUGGGGAGAAUGGUGGUGGUAGCGGCAGUGAGAAGGACCAGGACCCUAGCAGCUCCCCCGAGGGCUCCAAGCCUUCCUGCUUCACCCCGAGCCCUCGGACACCCCAAACCAGGCCGAGGACCUUCCCCAAGACCUGCAGCACCUCUCCAGAGCCCAAGGCAGACAGCCCCACUAAAGGUUACCCCGGUGUUGGGGCAGGGGGGCUGCCAGUGGACCACAGCCUGGUGAUUGAGGGCCUGUCUGGGUCUGUCUCCCUUCCCUUCAACCUGCGAGCCAACCGGCCACCCCUGGAGGUGCUUAAGAAGAUCUUCCCGUCCCACAAGCCCCCGGUGCUGGAGCUGAUCCUGCAGGGGUGUGGAGGGGACCUGGUGGGGGCCAUCGAGGUGCUGCUGUCCAGCCAGGCCCAGGAGGCCAGGGGGGGUCACCCCCACCCCGACACCCUGGUCCUUCCCUCUAAUAGCCACCUCCUCGAUCACCCCCUGGGGUCCUACCACUCUCUGGCCUCCGCCGCUAAGUGGUCUGUGGGCUCUGCUUUCAGGGUGCCUGAGUCUCUGCGCUUCUCGUCUGACUCGUCGUCCGGCCCCCUGGCCCUACACCCCGGGUCUUUCCCCCAUCCCCCCCGCUACCCCUUGAUGCUGAGGAACUCUCUGACACGCGGCGGCCAGGUCGGACCCUUCUGCAACGACGUGACGCUGUGGAACACCAUGACACUGCAGCAGCAGUACCAACUCAGGUCAGCUCAGUACGUCUCUCCUUUCUCCUCCACUGGCGUCUUCCAACGCUCUCCGCUCCUCUCCUCUUCCUCUUCCUCCUCCUCCUCCCGCCCCCAGGAAGAGCACCGUCUCUCCCAGCUGGAGGAGGGCUGCCACCCUACCCCCAUCCCCCCACCCCCGGGGGCCAAACAGACCCUCUACACUCAUGAGGAGGAGUACGAGGACCGCUCCGACUCCACCGACUCACGAAUUCUCAACUCCUCCACCUGA